GCCUCUUUUCGGCCCCCUUAGAUUUGAAUGUUACAUCCUGAAAAUCAAGUGAUUGUCAGCAGUAGCAAGAUCAGGUUUUGAUCCUUUGAAAUCCGAAUCAAAGGACAACCAUUUACUCUACUCAGCCGGAUGUUAAGGUGUCAGAUCCGUUUGCAGCUGAAUGACCAAGCUAUUUGGUAGCAAUUAUCACCGUUUUACACGAGAGGGAAUUACAAAAGGCCCCGCGUUAUCACCGUUGCUGGUCAGCCCUUAUCUGUUGCGGCUACUUACAAUUUUUCGACAGCCUCAGUACCCGACCCAUUGUUGCCACGAACGAAGGCCAGAAAUAAAGACUUACUUGUUAUAGUUGCGAUUCCCAAUCAUCAGCUCCAGACAUCGGCAAACAUUACGAUGAAGAGUUUUUUGGCGUUGGCUUUAUUCUGCUGCUGCGCAUUUCCGUUUGUGAUCGGAACACGGUUUGUUUGCUACUUUCCGAAUUGGACGUUUUAUCGACCAGAUGCAGGCAAUUUUAAAGUGUCAAAUAUCGACCCAUUUUUGUGCACCGAUUUGGUCUAUUCUUUUGCUGUGCUCGAUGGCAGCACCUACGAGAUCAAAAUCUUUGAUUCGUGGGUCGACAUUGACAAUAAAGGCUAUGCCGAUUUUGUGGCACUGAAAUCACGCAAUCCGCAGUUAAAGACAACGAUCGCCAUUGGAGGAUGGACCGACUCUCACGACGGCACCACCAAAUAUUCAGAUUUGGUGGCUAGUCCGACCAAUCGAGCGAUUUUCGUCCAAUCCGUCGUGAAAUUUCUCCAAAAUUAUCAAUUCGAUGGCCUCGAUCUCGACUGGGAGUAUCCUAGUGGUGAAUCAGACAAGGCUGGAUUCGCAGACUUAAUGAGAGAACUUCGAAACGCUUUUGGGACGAAAUAUUUGCUAACGGUCGCCGUAGCAGCAAAUUCGACCAUCAUCGAUAAAGGUUAUGAUGUACCAGCAAUGGCACAGACGGCUGACUACAUCAAUUUAAUGGCGUACGACAUGCAUGGCGCGUGGGAGCCGCAAACAGAUCACCACGCUCCGCUAUACAAACGAGACUGGGAGACUGUCGACAAUAACAUUGAUUAUAUUGUCAAAUAUUGGAUUGAUAAAGGCCUUUCUGCAGACAUGAUCAACAUGGGGAUUCCACUUUACGGCAAGAGCUGGACACUUGGUACAAGUGUCGAACCAGAUUUCCAGGCACUAAGUGCUGGCGAAGGGGCGGCCGGUCCGUUCACGGGUCUUGCUGGAACUUUAGGAUACAACGAAAUUUGUAAAUACGUCAAAACAGACGGAUGGCAAUCUGUUGAUGAUCCCGAUCAACUCAACGGUCCCUACGCCGUCUCGGCAAGCAAUCCCAAAACCUGGGUUAGUUACGACGACACGAAAAUGGCAGGUGUCAAGAGCCAAUACGUCCUUGAUAAUCAAUUGGGAGGGGCUAUGGUCUGGGAUAUUAGCACAGACGACUUCCACGACAGGUGUGGAGACGGAGCCAAUCCUCUCAUGACUACAAUUUCCCAAACUGUCAUUUCCAACGGUUCCCGUUUUAUUUGCUAUUUUCCUAAUUGGGGCUAUUAUCGUACAGGUGAUGGCAAAUACGUUGUGGACAACAUUAACGCCAGUCUUUGCACCGAUUUGGUGUAUGCCUUUGCAGUCCUGGAUGAAAAAACUUACAAGAUUGUAGAAUACGAUCCUGAUGUCGAUUUAGGAACGCAACAAUUUUAUGCGAAAUUUGUCGAUCUCAAGAAGCAAAAUCCAAGCCUGAAGACUACAAUUGCCAUUGGAGGUUGGACCGAUUCUCACGAUGGGAGCGACAAGUAUUCCAAAAUGGUGGCCAGUUCUACCAAUCGAGCCACUUUUGUGACGUCAGUUAUGGAAUUCCUUACAAAGUACAAAUUUGAUGGGUUGGACAUCGAUUGGGAAUAUCCAAGCGGCCCUUCAGACAAAGAAGGACUUGCCGAAUUGAUGAAGGAACUUCGGGCCGAGUUUGGAUCCCGAUAUUUGCUAACCGUCGCUGUGGCUGCCAAUCAAAUCGUUAUUGAUCAAGGGUAUAAUGUGCCAGUCAUGGCUGAGACAGCUGAUUACAUCAAUGUCAUGGCGUACGAUAUGCACGGACCAUGGGAACUUUUAACCGACCAUCACGCCCCAUUGUACCAAAGAGACUGGGACACUGAUCUAACCAAUAAUGUGCACUCUGUCAUUAAUUAUUGGAUAGCUGAAGGUCUGCCGGCGUCCAAAAUCAUGAUGGGUAUACCUCUUUAUGGCAAAAGCUGGACGCUCAACUACACCUACACCGAGGAUGCAACACUUCCAGCACCGGGUUUCGGACCAGGGGCCCCUGGACCUUUGACCAAAGACUCUUCUGGCUAUUUAGGCUACUACGAAAUUUGUAAUUCUGUCAAAAAUGAAGGCUGGGAGGUAGUUGUUGACCAGGAAUUCAAAAUCGGCCCGUACGCGUCAUCGCCCAACGUACCCAAGACUUGGGUCGGUUACGAUGAUCCGGCUAUGGCUAAUGUCAAGAGUCGCUACGUACUAGACAAUGGACUGGGUGGAGCCAUGGUUUGGGAUAUCAGCACAGAUGAUUUCAGAAACACUUGUGGCGAAGGAGUCAAUCCUAUUAUGACAAACAUUUCGCGUACGGUUGGAGUGGGAGUAUCGUCUACGACGACCUUCAAGCCCAGUGUGACAUCGACGACGACUGCCACAUCCACUAGCGUGUUGACAUCGACGAGUAGCAGUGGCGAGACAUCUACUGCAGCAGCGCCUAAAUCGACCACGAAACUUUCGACUUGGCCGAGAACAACAACAGCAUGGACAACACGGAUGACGAUUUUCAACACACCGUUCAGUCCUAGCAGUGGGGAUCAAAUAACUAGCCAUGGAAACCCAUUUAUGUUGUUGAUUUUUUUCGUUCUAUUAAUGCGUAUGUUAAAUAGAUUGUAGUAAACGUAAGCAUUAAAAUAUUACUUAUCAUAUUAUAUAUUCAAAUUGCUUGAUUCGACUCGUAAUACAAUUUUAAGUAUAACUAA